AUGAUACUCCGUACUAUGAACCAAAUCAUGCUCCUCCACUGAUUAGGAGUGGAGCCACCAAAACUAGCAGGCGGUCAACAAGAUUUGUUAUCAGGGCUUAAUUUUUUCUCCAUUAUAUGAACCCUUGGUGCCAGUCACUAAUCAUUUCGCUGCUGUGCUUUUCUUAUCCCUCCUUCCUUUAUUUAUCAUUUUCUUUGAGUGCUUUGGAAAUAGAGGUUCAAUAUUUGUGCCAUUAUAUUCACCACUGCAAAUGGGCUUAGCAGCACCUCGCAAGAAGACAAAGAUUUCCCAUGACCCAAAUAAUACGAAUUGGUCCCGAUCAACUAGCGGCUAUGGGCACAAAAUUAUGAGUUCUCAGGGAUGGACUCCCGGCAGUUUUCUAGGUGCACGCAAUGCUGCUCAUGCGGAUAUGUUCACUGCUGCGAGUGCAUCUCAUAUCAGGGUUGUUGUGAAGGACGAUACGCUUGGACUUGGAGCACGCUCAAAGCGUGACCCUUUAGAUGAGCCUACUGGUCUCGAUGCUUUCAAAGGGUUAUUAGGUCGACUGAAUGGAAAAUCUGAUGCGGAUUUGGCAGCCGAGCAAAAACAGCGCGAAGAUGCGAAGCUAGCCCGAUACACUGCGACAAAAUGGCAUACUGUCAGGUUCAUCAGCGGUGGUUUGUUGUCUCAGGAGAAGUCUGAUUCUCUUUCUCCUCGGGAGGAAACUCAAGUUCAACAUGACCCACACUACAAUCAGGGCGGCCUCAACGUACAGAGAAACGAUCAAGACACAGGCUCUACUGCUAUGGAUAAUCUACUCAAAUCAGCCAAAGAGGAAUGUAUCCCAUCUAUCCAAAAUUUGGAAGCCGCCAAGUCGGAAAAGCAGCGACAGAAGAAGGAUAGGCAGGGGAAGAAGCAUAAGAAGAAAAGGAAGCAUAUGGAAGAGUCUAGCACAACGGACUCUAAAUGCUUAGAUAGAACGAUAUUGGAAACUGGCUCAAAAGUCACUAUCAACGAACCCUCAGUUGCCGAGGCGUUAUCAAAAGAACGCCGUCCAAUGGGGAGACAUGUCUUCAGGAGUCGACACAUUGCACAAAAAAAGAAGGCUCUCAUGGACGACAAAUCCCUCAACGAGAUAUUCAUGGUCAAGUCAUAGACUUGAAUUUCACUGGAUGUUUCUUUCACGUUGGCUGCAUGGUAUUGUCGAAUCUAGCAUCACAGCAUAUAGUGCUUGUCGAAUAGCGCUACUGUACGGUCUCAUGCAGGAAAAUACACCGACUUCCUGCAUCCACUAUUAGCGGGGGCAACUGCAUGUCACGACGCUCCUUAAUCAGGUGCCUUUCCCUUUCUUCUGAAAGACCGUUCUAUAGACGUGUGACGGAGAACAUCUUAUAUUAACUUUAGUACUGCCCUAGCUUGAGUUUUUAUGCAUAUAUGAGUCUUCAUCUUGGUUAGAAUAGAAUAGCGUGAUAUGUUGUUCAUGAUUUGUCAACCCAAUGAAUUGCAAUACGAGUAUCUCCUAGUAAAAUUUCUAGUGAUCAUCUUGGCUAGGCUGACAUAUCCUAAAAUAGCAUAAUCAUGGUGAAAGGACUUGGGGAAAUCUUAG